AUGCUCCGUCGCGCCGCGCAGGUCGGGGCUCGCGCCUUCACCCGCGCCUCCUCCACGGCUGUGGUCUCCGCGAACACGGAGUCGUUUGCACAAAAGGCCUGGCGCUGGGUGGACGUCACAGGCUUCUACACCAAGUGGCACUCCCGCCGCGCCUGGAUCCUUGACAUGGAGCCCCAGUCCCGAGCAUCAUCGAUUCUGGUCACCGAGUACGAGAGGAAGCUCCUGCUGUGGCUUACAUGGGUGAACUUCUUCUACAUCCCGAUCAGCGUGUGGUAUUGGUACGGCCAGUUCACUCAUUUGUCCUCGAAGCCGCCGGUGCCGCUGAUGCCUGAGUACCAGUACAUGAACGGCCGCAAACGCGACUUCUCCCAUGUGGGCGGCCGCUGGAACGACUGCAAGGUUCUAGACGGCAUGAAGGGCUUUCCCUGGAAUGUGUAG